AUGAAGGUCGAGCAGACCUCCCGCAACGGCCUGCCGGCGGUGCUCCUCACUCACGCAUCGGGCUCAUCCGCGCUCAUCUACAUCUACGCCGCCCACCUCGCCUCUUGGGUCUGCGGCGGCGCCGAGCGCCUCUUUGUCUCCUCCACCGCCGAGUACGGCGGCGGCAAGGCCAUCCGCGGCGGCGUGCCCGUCUGCUGGCCGCAGUUCGCCGGGCGCGGUGCUCUUCCGAAGCACGGCUUCGUGCGCACCUCGGAUAAGUGGCGAGUGCUGCGCACCUCCACGGAGCCAUACCCGUGCGUCGUGCUCGAGUUGGUGGACGACGACGAGACGCGGCGCCUCUUCCCGCAGCCCUUCAAGCUGCAGUACUCGGUCACGCUCGACGGCCCCUCCUCCAUCUCGAUGGCGCUCUCCGUCCUCAACACUGGCACCGAACCCCUCUCCUUCACCGCCGCGCUGCACACCUACUUUCGCGUCGCCGACGUGCGCGGCGUCUCUCUGCACGGGCUUGGCGGACUCCGGUACGAGGACAACACGCGCGCAAACGCAGUGGAGACGCAGCCCGAGGGACCGCUCUCCAUCGCCGGCGAGGUGGACCGCGUCUACCUGGACGCCCCCGCCGAGGCGCACAUCGUCGACGGGGCGAGCGCCAUCAAGGUGCUCAAGCUCGGGUUCCCGGACGCCGUACUGUGGAACAUCGGCGAGCGGGCGGCGGGCGGCAUCAAGGACCUCGCCCCCGGGGAGUGGCAGCACUAUCUCUGCUACGAGGCUGGCGCCGUCGCGAAGCCCGCCACGGUGCCCGCGUCUGCGUCGUGGACAGGAGGGCAGACCUUCAGCUGCGUCGACGCGUGCGAUGCGCUGGGCAAGCUCUCCUUGGGCAAGUGAGGCGCGGCCCUUGCGCCCGAGAGGCGCGUACCAUCCGAGGCGCCAGCCGCCGGGCCGCUCCCCUCGUUGAAACUUGAAUCCGUUUUGAGGGUCUUUGCUGCAUACUACGUUCUGCGUCACACCGCCGCAGUAAUUUAUGUGCGUUGCGGCGAUGCCGUGUGGGCCUGGAGAAUCGGCGGCACUGGCCACUGCUGCGCUCUGGCUGCGGGCGCGGCCUGCGGCCUGCGCUGCGCGCAGGGUAGGCUCCGCCUCACUGCAUCUCGGACUGGAUUCCACGAAUUGAUUUUCCUAGCGUCGUCAAAGUGAGCUGAAAGCUCGCUGAAGAGCCGAUGUCACCCGCCGACCGCCUCCCAUCUCGCCGCUGCUCUGGCGGGGCGGCGGCGGGGCCUGGCGACGGCGCGCGGCGCAUGUGCCGUGGCAACCCACCGGGCCGGCCGGCCGCGAAGGCGCCGACCGGCGAUCGCCACCGCGCCCCGCCUCGGAACGCCGUUUCCGCUUGGCGUCCGAGGCGCUCGGCGUUCCCGCUGGAGCGCGAGAUCGGACCGGGUCGGACGCUCCUUUUCUCGCCGUAGGCACGGCUGG